AUGCCACUCGUUCAAGCCAGCAGAAGUAUGGCAGCCCAUGUCCCUAAGUCCACAUCGCAUCCCCAGGUGUACAGGACCUCACGGUUUGCUACGAAUGCAGAUUGGCUUCAAUUCCGGAUUCCACUCGGAGCCGUUAGCAUGAAAACCGUCAUUUCGGAUAGUGGAGCUGGUAGCAGAAGCAGUAUAAGAAGUGAAAAACUCGAAUCAAAGGAACAGAGGGUCCAGAUAACGGCAAAUCAGUUCUUCCCUCGAUCUGAGUCGUUGUUCCUAGUGAAUGAUCUGAUAACCUUCAGCAAGCGAAAUGCAUAUGAGCGAAAGCAUUACUUUCUUCGUCUGCCAAUUACAAUGGCUAUUCUACUCAGUGCGGUCUGGCUUAAUAUCAAUCUGUGA